AUGUCUGAAUCCGCUGCGCACGAGAAACAAGAGAAAUAUUCAUCGAGAUCGGCCGUAAUGGCGGAUAUCAGCUCGAAGAAUGACCAUGGGGAGCUCGAGCACUCCACCUCUAUUGCUGAUGGAGAGGUUGCCGGCCUCCACCUUUCGAAAGCUCCAGUGAAGGCGAACAUCGGACCACUUUCGCUUGUGGCUCUCGGUUUCAAUAUCUGCAAUAGUUGGGCUGGCGUUUCGGCUUCCCUCCAGAUCGUCCUCUUGCAAGGUGGCCCCGUUGGACUGCUUUAUGGCAUGUUUGUCAGCACAGUGUCUACCCUUGCAGAUGCACUAACGCUCGCGGAGCUGGCUUCUGUGUAUCCGACCGCGGGAGGGCAAUAUCACUUCGUUUCCAUUCUCUGUCCGGAGAGUAUCAAUCUCUUCACCUCCUACUUCUGUGGUAUCUUCAGCAUUUUCAGCUGGAUAGCCAUAGGGGCCGCUGUUCUGAUCAUCCCCGCUGAGCAGAUCACCACACUAGCCGUGGCAUACAAUCCAAACUAUGAGCCGCAGGACUGGCACAAGUUCCUCAUGUACCAGGCGAUGCUGCUGCUCGUCCUCACGUCCAAUAUCUUUGUGCUUAAGCGGUCACCGAGAUUUCACGAUGUCGGGUUCGCCACCACUAUCAUCCUCUUCCUGGUAACGUCCAUCACACUUCUGGUCAGGUCCAAGCCAAAGGCAGAAAGUUCAUUUGUAUGGACGACUUUUAUCAAUCAGACUGGUUGGAGUGAUGGAUUAUGCUUCUUCAGUGGCCUGUUGACCACGUGUUUCCAGUAUGCUGGACUGGAUGGCGCCCUGCAUCUCGCUGAAGAAUGCCAGAACCCGCAGAAGACUGUGCCCCGAGCUAUAAUGGCUGCAGUCACUAUCGGGUUUUGCACGGCAUUUCCCUUCAGCAUAAUCGUCCUUUAUAGUGUAGCAGACAUUGACUCAAUUCUCGGUACAUCAGGAUACAUCACACUCGAAGUUUAUAGGCAAGGGAUGCAGUCCUUGGAUGCAGCCGCUGUUUUCACGGGUAUAGGAGUGUUGAUCGCCUGGUUUGUGCUGAACGCCGUAUUGCAAACUUCAUCUCGGAUAACAUGGUCAUUUGCAAGAGACAACGCCCUCACCUUCUCAAAGCAUCUGGUAAAGAUCCAUCCGAAAGCCGAGGUACCCAUCUAUGCGAUCCUUCUGAACUAUGCGAUCUUGGUAAUCUGCGGGUGCAUUUUCCUGGCGUCGAAGACUGCAUUCAAUGCCAUCCUCAGUUCUUGUGUGGUACUACAGAAGAUCUCCUUCAUCAUGCCAGCGGGACUUCUCCUUUAUCGCAGGCGCUCAUUGACGUAUCUUCCCGACAAACGCGCGUUCCGACUCCCGGCUAUUGUUGGUUGGACGGCCAACACAGCGGUCGUGGUUUUCGGCCUCAUCUUCACCAUUAUCUUCUGCAUCCCGCCCUUCAGACCAGUCACACCAAGUACUAUGAUGUGGCUGACACUCUGGUAA